ACUUUUAUUCUACCAAGCAUUUUGACCCGGAAGCAGUUUUUGUUCCAUGCUAAUUCAAUGCUUGAGCUCGAACUUGAUGCUGCAGCCAAAAUAAACACACCACUUCUCUUUUGAUUUAGUUUUAAUCAGAAAUGUCAAGGAUUGGCUCUUGCAGUGCUCAAUGAGGUCUCACGUCAGCGAUGGCUGUAGUGUCGUGGAAGGAGAUCUGUCUUCUGAUUGGACUGGUGGUGGGCUGCUAUUGGAACAGCCUGCUCUGUGGUUUCGUGUUCGAUGAUGUCUCUGCCAUCCUGGAUAACAAAGACCUUCGCCCCACCACCCCACUGAAGAACCUCUUCCUCAAUGACUUCUGGGGCACACCAAUGUCAGAGGAGAGGAGCCAUAAGUCCUACCGGCCACUCACUGUUCUCACCUUCCGCCUCAAUUACCUGUUCAGCGCGUUAAGCUCCUCUUCAUACCACCUCUUCAACGUGGUUCUCCACGCUGUGGUGUGUGUCCUCUUCCUUCACUUCUGCCGUCUGCUCUUGGACCGAAGCACCAGUCUCAUAGCGGCUUUGCUGUUUGCUGUUCAUCCCAUCCACACAGAGGCUGUUACAGGUGUUGUUGGCAGGGCUGAGUUGCUGUCCUCCAUUUUCCUGCUGGCUGCUUUCCUGGAAUACACCAAAUCAAAAGGCGCCGAUCACUCCAUAGUGUGGACUCCCAUCAUUUCUACCGUGUUCCUGGUUGCCGUUGCCACGCUAUGCAAGGAGCAGGGAAUAACGGUCAUUGGGAUAUGCUGUAUUUACGAGGUGUUUGUUGCCCAAGGGUUCACUCUGCCCAUGCUGAUUGACACCCUACUUCAGGUGUUGAGUGGACAAGACGGUUUUCCCUAUGCUGUUCUCCAAACCCUUUUGAAGCUCAUUGUCCUGAUCAUCAGCACACUAUUGUUGGUCAUCGUCAGGGUGCAGGUCAUUCAGUCCCAGUUGCCAGUGUUCACCAGGUUUGAUAAUCCAGCUGCCGUCAGCUCCACCCCGACCAGGCAGCUGACCUUUAACUACCUCCUGCCAGUAAAUGCCUGGCUGCUACUCAACCCCUCUGAGUUGUGUUGUGACUGGACAAUGGGCACUAUUCCUCUUGUGGAGUCCCUGAUGGACCCUCGCAACCUCGCCACUGUAACAUUUUACGCCAUGUUGAGCCUCCUGGCUUAUCACAGCCUUUGGUACGGCCACAGCUCUGCAAAGAUCGUCAUGAUGGCACUGUCGUUGAUCGUACUUCCUUUUAUCCCUGCCUCCAACCUGUUUUUCCCUGUGGGCUUUGUUGUAGCCGAAAGGGUCCUGUACGUGCCCAGUAUGGGAUUUUGUGUUUUGGUAGCCCAUGGAUUUAAACUCCUGUCCCAAAGAGGAGGCCUAAAGAAAACGUCUUGGUUGCUCACGGGAGUUCUUCUAACAACACACGCUGUGAAGACUUUCAACAGAAACUGGGAUUGGGAGUCAGAAUACACGCUUUUUACAUCUGCACUGAAAGUAAACAGGAACAAUGCCAAACUCUGGAACAAUGUCGGACAUGCUUUGGAGAAUCAAAAUAGUUAUGAAAGAGCGUUGAGAUACUUCCUUCAGGCCACACGAGUGCAACCAGAUGACAUUGGGGCCCACAUGAAUGUUGGGAGAACCUACAAAAACCUAAACCGGUCCAGAGAGGCAGAGGAGGCAUAUCUAAUUGCAAAAUCCCUUAUGCCACAGAUCAUUCCAGGGAAGAAGUAUGCAACCCGUGUGGCCCCCAACCAUCUGAAUGUCUACAUUAACCUGGCAAACCUAAUUCGGGCGAAUGAUUCCCGUCUGGAGGAAGCCGACCAACUCUAUAGGCAAGCCAUCAGCAUGAGACCGGACUUCAAGCAAGCCUACAUCAGUCGAGGGGAGCUUCUGCUGAAAAUGAACAAGCCCAGUGAGGCGAAGGACGCCUACCUACGAGCACUGGAGCUGGACCAUACCAAUGCAGACCUGUGGUACAAUCUGGCAAUUGUCAAUAUUGAGAUGAAGGACCCCUCAGAGGCUUUGAGAAACUUUAAUCGUGCAUUGGACCUGAAUCCACGGCACAGACUGGCACUCUUCAACUCAGCGCUUUUAAUGCAAGAGUCAGGCGAGGCAAAAUUUCGCCCAGAGGCAAACCGUCGCUUUCUCACCUACGUGAAAGAAGAGCCGGAUGAUGCUAAUGGCUACUUCAACCUGGGAAUGCUGGCAAUGGACGCUAACGUGAAUGAAGAGGCAGAGCGUUGGAUGUGGGAGGCCAUUCGGCUGCAACCCGGCUUCCGUAGCGCUUUGUUUAACUUGGCCCUGCUCUACUCUCAGUCACAACGGGAACUGGAUGCUCUCCCGGUGCUUGAGGAGCUGCUGCGGUACCACCCGGAGCACGUCAAAGGCCUGAUCCUCAAGGGAGACAUCCUCAUGAACCACCGCAAGGAUACGCCUGGUGCCAAGGCCUGUUUCGAACGCAUCUUGAACAUGGACCCCAGCAACGUGCAGGCCAAGCAUAACCUCUGCGUGGUGUACUUUGAAGAACGGGAGCUCCAGCGAGCCGAGCGCUGUCUGGUGGAGACACUCGCUAUGGCCCCGCAGGAAGAGUACAUCCAACGGCACCUCGCCAUCGUACGCAACAAAAUGGCUGAUAUGAGCACUGCCGGACAGACUAUUGCACCAACAGAGGGUGGUAGUGAAUCGGCCAAGCAUCAAGAGCAACAACAACAGGACAAACAGGAGGAGGAGGAAGGGCAGGGAGUUGCCUCAGGAGCAGGGGAGGGGGCCAGGAAAGAGAAGAAUUUGAGGAAAUCCUCCCCCAAAGAAAGCGUCAACAGCGAGGGCCAUGGCCAAUCAAAGAAGCUGGACGCAGGCCAAACUGACAAGCGGACUAAGAGCAAAUCCACAAAAGAGAUUAAAGAUAUAGAAAAGAAAAGGGCAGCUGCCUUGAAGAGACUGGAGGAGAUUGAACGCAUAUUAAGCAGCGAUUAACCUUGUUUAUAAACCACCACACUAUUUUUAUUUAAAGUGCGAGACCCUUCUGUUUUUUUGUUUUUGAGACCUUGAUUAUGCAUGUUUCGUUGCACUUUUGUAAGAUUGUUUUGUGUCUUUUAUAUAUUGUGGUAUACCUCCUUUUCCCACAGCUUUAAUUAUAUAAAGCUGUUUGGUUGAACCGGUAAAAACCAGGUGUGCUCUCACAAAAUUUGGUACUUUUUAAAAAGAAUCCCUACCAAAAAAAAAAAUCAUUUAUUACUAUAUUGUUUAUUUAUGAUUGUCUAUAUUCGAGUCACUGGAUUAGUUUUUGUCACUUUUUUGUUUUAAUUUACCAAUCCACUGGCAAGUAUUACUCAUAAUCACAAAUAAAGUAUUGGUAAUAUCAGUCAGCCCAUUUCAUAGCAGGGCCUCUGGGUGGUCCGUCACAUGGCUGUUGUAAUUUAGCUCAGCAGACCCCUUCCCUCAUUGCAUGACAUCACCGCACUUCCUCCAAUUCACUGCUGCUGUUUAUUCAUGUCAUUAUUGCUGUUGUUGUUGUUUUUUUUGACACCCAAUGGUGUCAGCGUUUAAUUAUAUCCUCUGACAUAAUCUCAUUCUGAAUUAGGGUCACCUCCCUUCCUCAGCCCUCUUUUUGCAGGCUUCUGGGAUUUAUCUGUAUGGCUCGCAUACCUUUUGGGCUCUCACUGAUUUCACAAAUCGGUCAUGCAGAGGCAGACUUUUUUUUUUUUUUGUGGCUUUUUUUUUGUUCUCCCCACAAAGACAUUUCCGUAAAAUUAUAAUCAGGCUAUAAUCGGGAAAAAAAACUUCAAGGAAUAAUUCAACCAAAACUAAACAUCUGUCAUCAUUUACUAACCCUUAUGUCAUUCAAAACCUGUAUGACUGACAGACUUCUGUAAAACAUUAGACAUUUUUUAUUCCCAUGUUAUACAAGAUGCAAAAGUGUCGAGUGACUUCUGUGCUGCAUGAUAGCUUUGUUCAACAAACAGAAUCUCAUUUUAGUUGGUCAAGCUAGUUUUUUGAAUAAUGUUUUUGAAUUGGUAUGAUUCGCCGAUUCUGCAGUCCAGUUGCAGUACUUAACAGCUCGCUGUAGAGGCAGAUUUUCUAUGAAUGACUUUCAUUUCGGUGUUUUCUCGUGCAAAGUUGCCAAAUGGCAUAAGAAGACAACUACAAAUUACAAUGUUGCUUUUUUAAACUCUAAUGUACAUUCAUUACAAUUGCUUUGACAGGAAUGAACAGAACAGUUCUUAAAAUGUCUUUGAAGCGACAUGGGGUGAGUGAGUGAUGACAGAAUUGUCAUUUUUGGGCCAUUUAAUAUGGUGAAUACCCCGGCGUAGACCAUAUUUUUUCUGGUUUUUUUUGUUGUUGUUGUUUUUUAGAUUUUCUAUUUGGAAAGAAUCAAUCAUUCAUUCUCUAAGCCAAGAUUACAUGCCAGUGUGUAACUUCAGUAUUCUAAUGUGUUGCAGAUGAACUUCAAAUAUUCAUGUUGCGCUUGGAGUUGAGUUGAGCAUAUUGUUUCCUGUGAAGCUGAAAUAACCAUGUGUUCUUGUUGGAAUGCUGUCUCCGUUUUACGGUUUACUUUGAAGGCAAGCCCUGAAAUAUCUUCUCUGACCUUUCUGAAGAUUUUAACAGAAAAAAGGUACCUGAGAGCUCACUGAUCUGUCAAGGCAGAGUCCUCAAAGAAUGUGAGAGUGCAUUUACAUAUAUUCUACAACACUAGUGAUUUUAACACCAAUGUGGGUCACAUAUGUUAUUUUCUAAUAAAGCCAUUUUAAGUAGCAAAACUGACUUCUAUAGUUUACAGCGCUAUUGGCUGUUUUGCCAAUUGAGAUGUUCACUCAUAAAACUUGAGCAAGGACCUCAAUUGCUACACGUUUGCAACAUCUGUGCAUCUGAAUAAUUUUUUUGUUUUCAUUUUAUUGUCAGUUUGAUAAGUCUAUAAGGACAGAUUUACAUGGAUGCACCAUAUUAAUCCUCAAAUAUAAAGUGUUGGGAGUUAAUUUCCCACUAAAUCAUCAUACUCAACUCUAAUUCAGCUGUAUGUGAUGUCAUAUUUCAAGUUUCCCUCAGCUCAGCUCGAAUCUGAAUUAUGUUUUAGGACUCUUUCAUCUAAUGUUUACUCAUAUUGUGCUUUCACCCCAUAUCCAGUUUGUUACAUCAUAAUUUAUGGUAUUUACCUUUUUAUUUUGACUAAUGUUUUGACUUAUGAGUGGUGGAGGGAGCUUCGGUUUUCCAAUAAAAAUGACUUGCAUUA